AUGAACGGGUCCAAUCAAUUAGGGCCGGUCAGCGAUCCGCCUGAAAAGAGGGCAGCGCGGCAGCGCGCGCGCUCUCCAAGGAAACUCGGAAAACAGUGGCGGGGCAGGGGCGGACGCGGGCGCGGGGCAGGGGCGCCGCCGGAGGGUGCGUGCGGCGUGCCCGAGAGGCGCGCGCGAGCCGCAUCGAUCGCGCGCCCGAGCGGGGCGGCUCAUCAGUCCGCCGGGGCGGCCGGCGAGAGCGCGCGCGUAUCAUGCGCCGCUGAGAUGGCCGGCGCUCGGGCGCUCGUGGCCGCCUGCUGCUGCUGGUGGUGGCUGGCGACCGCAGCCGCCACCGAGCUAGACCUGCUGGGCGCUCUGUCGCUGCACAACACGUCGCGGGCCGGCGUCAGCGCUGCACCGGGCAUGCAGCCGCAGCGCACCGCCUACACACUGCAAGGUGAUUCAAGGUUGCUACAAGUAGAAGGCAGCGCGUACGACCGCGCCGCCGAGCUGCUGCGCCGCUCUCCCGAGUUCACGGUGCUCGCGGCGCUGCGGCAGGAGCCCGCCAACUCGGGCACUAUACUAUCCUUUUCACAUGGCUACAACAGGUAUCUGGAGGUGCAGUCGAGCGGGCGACGCGACGAGGUGCGACUGCACUACGUGGCGGCGGGCGCCGCGACGCCGCGUGUCGAGACGUUCCCCUUCCGGCUGGCGGACGGCGCCUGGCAUCGCCUCGCACUCUCCGUCUCCGGCGCCCAAGCCACGCUCCUUGUUGACUGCCAUCCCUUAUAUCGUCGGCUUAUCCCUCCUCCUGAUCGCAAUUUCUCACAACCCCAGCUAGCCCUAUGGGUUGGACAGAGAAACAGCAAACAUUCCCUGUUUAAGGGCACACUUCAAGACGUGAGGUUAGUGAGCGGCCCUCACGGCUAUCUUACGCAAUGCCCAGGUUUGGACUCAGAAUGUCCUACCUGUGGACAGUUUGCAUUACUACAAGCAACAGUACAAGAGCUCACAUCGCAUAUCCAUGACCUUUCACUUAAGCUAUUGAGUGCUGAAUCAAGACUGUCACGAUUGGAACAGUGCGACUGUCAAAAGUCGUGUUACUCCAACGGCACCGUUCAUGCAGACGGCGCCACAUGGCAGAGCGACUGCAAUCGUUGCUCCUGCGUGCACGGUGAAAUUACGUGCAGGCCAGUCGAAUGCGAACGAGCAGAAUGCAAGAACCCGGUGAUACAUCCAGGAGAAUGUUGUCCCACUUGUCUCAAGCGUUGUUUACUAAUGGGGACUCUCUAUGAGCACGGGGACAGAUUCACUCCCAAACAGUGCGCAGAAUGCGUGUGCCACGAUGGCAACAUGCAAUGCGGACGUGUGAACCCCGAGAAGAAUUGCCCAAAGCUGCCCUGCGAUAAGAAGGACCAGUUCUCUGUACCUGGAGAAUGCUGCAAGUUUUGCCCUGGUGUGGACUACUGCAGCAUGGGCCACUCCUGCGACGAAAAUGCCACAUGUAUGAAUCUCAAUACAAAGUACACUUGCACAUGCAACCAAGGCUUCCAAGGCGACGGCCUGACAUGUGAAGAUGUAGACGAAUGUCAAGAGGAAGGAGGCCUACGCGGCCAUCAUUGCCACUCCAAUACUCGAUGUGUCAAUGUCGUCGGCACCUACGUGUGCCAGUGUCUGCCUGGCUACGAUCGGAAGGACAAAUUUAAUUGCUAUGAGGUGGACGAGUGUACGUCGAAGAAGCACGGCUGCCACCCUGACGCAGAAUGCACCAACACGCCCGGUUCCUACACCUGCCAAUGUCGCGAGGGCUACUCUGGCGACGGAUACACCUGCACGCCUAUAUGUACGGGCGGGUGCUUGAAUGGAGGAGUGUGUGAGGCGCCGGAACAGUGCGCGUGCGGACGUGGGUUCACGGGCGCACGCUGCGAGCGGGACGUGGACGAAUGUUCCCCCGCAGCUGCGCACCCCGCGGACCAACCCGCGUGCGGCGAAAGGGCGCUGUGCCUCAACACGCCCGGCUCAUACUACUGCGUGUGCCGCACCGGGUACCGACGACACACGCACCUCGACUAUUGUGAAGAUAUAGACGAAUGCGUGGAAGGAUUCCACACGUGCCAUCCAAGUGCACGGUGUAUAAAUACAGACGGAGGAUUUAGAUGUGAAUGUGAAACUCAACCGUGUGAAUUGAAUUGCUCGUGGCAAGGCAAGAUAAUGACAGACGGGUCGCAGUGGGCGGAGGCGGGUGGUUGCCAGGCGUGCACGUGCGCGGCGGGUGUGGCCGCGUGCCAGCGCGCGCCCUGCGCCUGCGAUCUGCACCACAACCUGUCCUCCACGGUGGUGAGCAGUUUUACAGACCUGGUGGCGCCAGCGGCGUGCUGCCCGCACUGCGACCCCGCGUACCACUGCCGCCAUCAAGAGAUGCACCACGUCACCUUCCGCAGCGGCGAGCGCUGGCUGUACCAGUGCCAGAUCUGCGAGUGCCUCUUGGGCGAGGUGGACUGCUGGGAGCCGGAGUGCGAGGAGGCGGGCGGGUGCUGCGCGGCGGUCGGGAGUGGGGGCGGCGGUGCGGGUGGAGGGGAGGGCGCGCACCGCCUGCAGCUGGCGGGCUGCGCGCCGCCGCACUGCGCCUCCUGCCAGGUGCGCACCACCACGCGGCCCGUGCGCGCGCACCACUCUCCGCGCGCCAGGACGCAUCGGUGGCGUACGCCGAACGACUGAUUUCAGACGCACUGUAUCACAUACACCUUCUAAGAUCCAAUAGAAAUGACCCUGCCAAAUGGUGCAGCCACAGAAUCGCCGCACUACAUCCCAUACAGCUUGUACUAUCCAACAGAUGAGAUCUUGGCAAAUGGUAUUCCUCUAGGAGCAGACGUAUACCCAAUGAUAGAUUCCAGUCACAGAAUCACUGCACCGAAUGCCAUACAGCUUUUAAGGUCCAAGACUUUACGAAACGGUGCUCUUCUAGGUAGCAGAUGUAUCCCGAUCUAUAGAAUUGCUGCACUGCAUCCCAUACAGCUUGUGAUCUUGGCAAAUGGUGCUCCUCCAGGUGGCAGGCGGUACCCAAUGACUGAUUCCAGCCGUAGAAUCGCCGCGUCCAAUCCAAGUCUUGGAUGAUUGAUGUUGCACUAGCUGUGUCUCUUAAGCGAACAGCGACAGAAACGCAUCGUAUGACGAACUUUUGCUUUAGCUUUAGCAGACUACUUGAAGCAGCAGUCGAUAUAAAACUCAAUAAACUUCAAUUACAUCAUCGCCGAUCUGAAUCUGAAAUUAUACUUAUUCACUGAUAGUAAUGUCUACUAUGAAUCCAAGGAGCUUCUUUUUGAACUCUGGAAGCUUAUUGUUCGUAAUGGUCGAUAGCCACUUACUCUUUUAUUAACGUUACAAAUUUGUGCUUUGUGUGUGGCUACCUUUUUAAGAAUAAUACAUUCUUACACUACUAUAUUAUAAUCUUAAAAGGGUAACCGAAUGAAAGUGAUUCGUUUCGCUACAAAGCUUGAGCAGAGCAGUCUAAUCGGAGUCGCUUAUGAAUGGGUCCGUGUGAAGCAUCGUUUCGCUUGUUGCAGGGCGGGCAGUGUGCUACUUUGGUGAGCAAUCUCGCGUGUUGUGUGCAUCGGUAACCAUCCCCACUCUUCUAACUCAUACAUACAUUAUGCUCUAAUAACACUUUAUUUUUGAUGCUUAUACAUGUGCUGUUUUCGAUUCAUUUCUGCUGAAAAACCUAACAAAGUUAUUUUAAAUCUAUCUAUCAAUCUUCACGCCGUGUCGCGGCUGGGAUAUAAAACAGAUUUUUCAUUGUGCAUCUACUGGCAAUUUCAGGACAACUUUCUAAGAUUUUUUUUGUCCUGUGCUACAAGUGGAGCGCCAAUAAUUUGAAUUGGCACCCAACUUGUCACAUUCAAGAAGUAGGGCUUCAGUUUCAGACUAGCGGUUUAUACGCGCAUAUAAGCUCAGAGCGCAUGUAGGCGCGUAUAGGCGCACCUUUUGCCGCACGCGCAACUCGUAGGAGCGUUGUCGCGCUUGUAAGUUCGUAUUAGCGCGAGCCGCGAGAGACACCACUAACGGUUCGAGCGAACUCGAAGUAAUAUGCCUGUGUAUGAGAGUCCGUUUUUCGAAUAGCAUCAUGGAGCGCGCGUGUAAUCGAGUAUAGUCUAAACAACUAUAAUAUGUUAUUUUAUAUGAUCGUAAUUAUCUCUUUUUGGUUAAAGGCAGCUUUCCAAAAAUUGAAGUUAGAGUUUUAAAUCAAGCUUUUCGGCAUCGUUGGACUUACACGAAGUUAGUUUUUUUCACAUCAGCUGUAUUUGAAUCGAAUUCAAUUUCAUUUUUAAUAUCUCUUUAAGUUGCAUGUUUUCUUUUUUAUCCAUUUAUCAUGCAUGUUAUUGUUAUGAAGUAUAUAAUAUAAUUAAUGAAAUAAUGGUAUCAAUAUAAGUAAAGUAUUUGAAGGUCAGAUGAGGAGACAGUGAAAGAAAUUAAAAAGUUCUAAAUGGAAUAAUUUGACUAUAUCAAAUUUUGAAAGGUUAUAAAAAAAUCUUCUCGUAAAUCAAUUUGACAAAAUUGAUUUUAAAACCAUCAUUAUAACUGAUCAACUCUAUUUAAUUCUAAAGAAAAGUUUACUAGAA